AUGGUGUCUACUGUUUAUGAACCUCUUGCUACUGGUGAGAGCUCAGAGAGACCUGGUUUGGAGGGCAGUCUUGGUGGUGGGACUGGGUAUAUUAGUAAUGGUUUAGAAGAAGAGUCAAAAAGUUCAAGAAUUAUUAGGCUGGUUAAAAAAUAUGGACAAUUUAUUGGUCCUGGUUUAAUGGUGUCUGUUUCUUAUAUGGAUCCUGGUAAUUACAGUACUGCUGUUGCAGCUGGUUCUGCUCAUAAGUAUAAAUUAUUAUUUUCUGUUUUUGUCUCUAAUAUAUUAGCUACAUUUUGGCAAUGUCUAUGUGCCAAGUUAGGUGCAGUGACAGGUUUGGAUUUAGCUCAAAAUUGUAAGAGACAUUUACCAUACAAGGUCAAUAUCACAUUGUACAUUUUAGCGGAGAUUGCUAUCAUAGCCACCGAUCUAGCUGAAGUCGUUGGUACGGCAAUUGCAUUAAACAUUCUAUUUGGAAUACCAUUAACAUUAGGUGUCAUCUUAACAGUUGUGGAUGUUUUGAUCGUAUUGAUUGCAUAUCGUCCAAAUGGUUCUUUGAAUUUAAUCAGAUGGUUUGAAGCGUUUGUGGCUGUAUUGGUUGUUAUGACUGUCAUUUGUUUUGGUAUUGAAUUAUUUUAUGUAGAUUUGGGUCCAGCAAAGGAUAUCUUUAAAGGCUUUCUACCAAGUAGAGCGGCAUUUGAAGGUGAUGGAUUAUAUUUAAGUUUGGCUAUUUUAGGUGCUACAGUGAUGCCACAUUCGUUAUAUUUAGGGUCUGGUGUUGUUCAGCCAAGAUUAAGAGAUUAUGAUAUCAAGAAAGGGAAUUACAUGCCUGAUGAGACAGAUAUUGAAAAUAAUCACGAUGACUAUAAACCUUCGUUAGAGGCUAUUGAUGAUACUAUGCAUUUUACUAUUGCUGAAUUACUAGUAUCGUUAUUUACCGUAGCGUUGUUUGUUAAUUGUUCGAUUUUAAUUGUAUCUGGUGCAACAUUGUAUGGUACAUCACAGGACGCCGAUGAAGCCGAUUUAUUUUCCAUUUAUAAUCUGCUUUGUACCACAUUGUCUAAAUCUGCAGGUACCAUAUUUGUAUUGGCAUUGUUAUUCUCUGGGCAAAGUGCUGGUAUUGUAUGUACGCUAAGUGGGCAAAUGGUUAGUGAAGGUUUUCUGAAUUGGAAUAUUCCACCAGCAUUAAGAAGAUCAGCAACUAGAGCCGUUGCGAUCACUCCAUGUAUCAUAUUAGUACUAGUAGCAGGGCGUAAUGGGUUAUCGGGGGCAUUGAAUGCUUCACAAGUAUUGCUAUCGUUAUUGUUACCAUUUGUAUCAGCCCCAUUACUAUAUUUUACAUCACAAAGUAAGUUCAUGAGCGUUGAAGUUAGUGAUCGACCAGAACGUACAAAGCAUAGUUUUUCUUUGAGAAGAAGUAAUGCUAAAAACAAGAAUGAGUACCCUAAGGGCGGUACAGGCAUGAGCAUGGAUACUGAAUUGCAAGAAAUGAAUCCUGAUGGGCAUACAACAGAGGAGGACAGUACAAUUGAAUACAGAGAUAUGUCCAAUUCAUGGUUUACAACUAUAUGUGCGGUUGUUCUUUGGACAAUAGUUACAGGAUUAAACUUUUACAUGUUGAUAAGUUUUGCCAGCGGUAAAGCCGUUCAUCUGUAA